AUGGAUCGGCUGGAGCAAGGUGGGGCUUUCGAGUAUCGAGAGCUGCUGUCUGGACGGAGAGAACACAUUUCAGCUGAUGGUACAAUCGACAUUCCACGGUCACAGCAGUCUCGGCAAGUAGCAGAGCGGGUUGAAGUCGGUCAACAUGCAUAUCAGCUGCACUUCGGUGGAUUCCAGAUGACCGUGGGAACAAUGCCUGGCAACAUCAUGGACGGGAUGGCAGAUGAUUUGACGAAACUGGGUCCGAAUGGCAAUCGACUCUACUUCUUGUUUCCGCCACUCCACUGCAAAAUUUUCAUCAACAGGACACUUUAA